CUCCCCUCCGCGCGUUUACUUUGUUUAUAACUUGAAAAAUCCUCUUCCGUCUCCCUUCCCUGCCUCCUCUCCUUUCCCUUUCCUCUGCCAAUACAACUAGACCCCGCGUCUGGCGUCGCCGGUGCCCAGCAUUCUGCGGGGCAGGCGGUCUCGCUUGAUUGGGUUUCUCUUGGAUCUCUAACUGGCGUUUCUACGGCUUGGCUCUCACGAACUCAGGCCAGGCCACUCGCAGCUUCGAGACACAUCGGGCACCAUACAACAAACUGCAGCUCCAGAGGAUUAAUUGGAAUUCUUCGAAAUGUCAGGUGUAGUACCCACAGCCCCUGAACAGCCUGCAGGUGAAAUGGAAAAUCAAACAAAACCACCAGAUCCAAGGCCUGAUGCUCCUCCUGAAUACAAUUCUCAUUUUGUACCAGGACCCCCUGGAACAGCUGUCCCUCCACCUGCAGGCUACCCAGGAGGCUUGCCUAUGGGAUACUACAGUCCACAGCAACCCAGUACCUUCCCUUUGUACCAGCCAGUUGGUGGUACCCAUCCUGUCCAGUAUCAGCCUGGCAAAUAUCCUGUGCCAAAUCAGCCUGUUCCAAUAACAUGGAUGCCAGGGCCAACUCCUAUGGCAAACUGUCCUCCUGGUCUGGAAUACUUAGUGCAGUUGGACAACAUACAUGUUCUUCAGCAUUUUGAGCCUCUGGAAAUGAUGACACGUUUUGAAACUAAUAAUAGAUAUGAUAUUAAAAACAACUCAGACCAGAUGGUUUACAUUGUAACCGAAGACACAGAUGACUUUACCAGGAAUGCCUAUCGGACACUAAGGCCCUUCGUCCUCCGGGUCACUGAUUGUAUGGGCCAAGAAAUCAUGACAAUGCAGAGACCCUUCAGAUGCACCUGCUGUUGCUUCUGUUGCCCCUCUGCCAGACAAGAGCUGGAGGUGCAGUGUCCUCCUGGCGUCACCAUUGGCUUUGUUGCGGAACACUGGAACCUGUGCAGGGCCGUGUACAGUAUCCAAAAUGAGAAGAAAGAAAAUGUGAUGAGAGUUCGUGGCCCAUGCUCAACUUAUGGCUGUGGUUCAGAUUCUGUUUUUGAGGUCAAAUCCCUUGAUGGUGUAUCCAACAUCGGCAGUAUUAUCCGGAAGUGGAAUGGUUUGUUGUCAGCAAUGGCAGAUGCUGACCAUUUUGACAUUCACUUCCCACUAGAUCUGGAUGUGAAGAUGAAAGCCAUGAUUUUUGGAGCUUGCUUCCUCAUUGACUUCAUGUAUUUUGAAAGAUCACCACCACAACGUUCAGGAUAGACACAGCAAAGCCAUCAACUAUGGUUGAUUUUGAAAAAUGGAAAAGUUGGAUUGGGCUUACAGUCAAUACUCAGUUAUUUGCAAGUGUAUUUCUUUGCUUUGUAGGGUAUUUUUAUUGGGUGUUAACUUUGACAGCUGAGAGUGUGCUUGCAAGAACACAAUCUAAAAGUGUGUUUCAAUUGAGUGUCUCUCUAGUAGAAUAGGAGUUCAUCCUAAAAAGCUGUGACUCAUUAACCCAGUAAACAUACACAAAGUAAGCUUAAAACACUAUAAACAUGAGGUAAGGGAAAAUGAAUCCAGAGUUCUCAUAUUAAUAGAUAGUGAAAUAAUAAAGUUUUUUAGAGCAAACUUUGUUGGGAUAAAACAACCUGGCUUCUGUCCCUAACCCUUUCCUACCUUCUCUCCCCGUCAACAUGUCCUCCUACUGAAGACAAACUUGUUUCAAUGGUAGUCUUCAUCUUUAAAAACAAAAAGGCAAGCAGACAGAAAUAAUGAUGUUUUCUUGUACUAAGAAGGUACUACUUAUACACAUGUAUCAAAACCUCAUUCUGCAAAGUUUUUGAAGGUUUCAGUGGGAAAUUUGAUUUUAUUACAAAAUAAAACAUUUCAUUAAUGUUAAGGUUUAUAUAUUCCACACCUGUUUUCUCAUUUACUGGCGUGGAUGAUCAGGAGCUGCCUAUGCAUGAAGGCAGAAUCAGACUAUCAGGAAAGGAGCUGGCCAGGGCCUCAGGCAAUCAAGAUCUCUGAGCAACUUAGAGACUUUGGUGUCAUUAUAUGAAGCUUGCAUUUAAUACAUUUGUAAAUUCAUAACCUCUCUUGGUCACAGACACCUUAUAUAUAAAAUAAGUUCCGAAAUCUCUAAGAUUGCCUGGUACACCUUUUUAUCUCAUUUGAUGUGAUACCCAGAAGAGAUCAUUUUUUUAAUUUUUUUUUUUUUCAAGAAGAUACUUGGUGAUCGCCAUGCUGUUCUCAUGGUAAGGACUGGAGUUACAAUUUUAAAUUUGGAAAUAUGACAUUUUAUGUAGCACUUUAUAAAAAGUGAAAGCGACAAAUUCCACUGCUGCUUAAUACUGCUUUACUUCUUUUUAUUGACAUGAUAGAUAAAUAUGUAUAUACACAGAGUAAUAAUAAUAAAACACAGCAAACAUUCUAUUUCUUUAUGGUCUACAGCAUGCCAGUAAAUAAUAUGUAGGACCAAUAAUAAAUUAUCAAUUACACAUUUUUGUGUUAACUAAUUAAAAGCAUAGUGUAUAAGUGAGUACACUUUAAUUAACUUGCUUCUGUUGCACUUUAGUUUUCUACCUGCAUAUGGAUUGCAUUUUUUCAACACAGUCAGUAUGUAGAAUGGGAUGUAUUCUGCUGCUGUUGCCUAUUAAAUAAAGCCUGAGUGUUCUUAGAUGGGGUUAUUCUGAGAUGAGGGUCUUAGCCUACAGUUCUUUUUGAAAUGAAAGAAAGGUGCUUUGUUUUUUAAUUAUAUUCAUCUUUUCAGGGUAAAUUUGUUUUGCUGAGUUUCUUGUAAUGCUCAUUUUUACAUGCUGCUACUAGCUUUUUUUUAAAAAAGUAAAAGUUGCUGCUUUCUAAAAUAUUAAUUGCCUUAUAUUUGAAAGUGCCAUUGUAAUCGUAAGUAGACUAUAUAUUUCCUAUAAUGAUGUCUGAUAUUUAAAUAGGAAAUCAGACAAACAAUAUUCACAAAGUUUAACCAUAUAAACUUUUUAUUUUUAACUUGCCUGAAUCCCUAUAUUCCAAAACCUGCUGCAUCAUAAUAAAUACAUCUAUAUAUAUUUAGCAUAAGAUGUGAUAUUUUAAAUUUCUUUUUGAAAAAAUUAUAUUUGUGUCUCUUAGAGUUAAAAUUUUCUUUCUUUAUAAAAUAUUGUCAUAUGUCAUAGUUUUAAUACAAUUCACAUAAUUCCUAUAUUUCUUAAUGAUAUUUUAUUGUGUAAAAUUGAUCAGGUUGAUUAAAAAAAUUCUCUGGAAUUUAUGCUUUCAUGCUUUUUCAUAUUGUUUAUGGCUUUUAAAUAAAUAUACAAUGCUUAAUAGUAAAA